UAUCAACCUCCGUCACCAGCCCAAGGGCUUCUUAGUAUAGUUCUUUGGAAAAGGUUGGAGGUGUUAUUUUUGAAAAGGGAAGGAGCUCCGCGCUGUCUGUUUCGAAAACGAAAAGCGCUUUUAGUUGCAGGCAGGAGAGGUUUAGGGUUAGGGUUUUGGUGAAAACAGAAAGAAAGAAGUAGUUCGCAAUGCAGCCCUACGGUAUACAGUCGAUGCUGAAGGAGGGGCACAAGCACCUCUCCGGCUUGGACGAAGCGGUAGUGAAGAACAUCGAUGCCUGCAAGCAACUCUCUACCAUCACUCGAACUUCUCUGGGUCCCAAUGGUAUGAAUAAGAUGGUAAUCAAUCAUUUGGACAAGCUCUUUGUGACAAAUGAUGCUGCCACCAUUGUCAAUGAGCUUGAGGUUCAGCAUCCUGCUGCCAAGCUGUUGGUUUUGGCAGGCAGGGCUCAACAAGAAGAAAUCGGUGACGGUGCUAAUCUGACCAUUUCUUUUGCUGGGGAGCUCCUGCAAAACGCAGAGGAGCUUAUAAGGAUGGGCCUGCACCCAAGUGAGAUCAUUAGUGGAUACAAUAAAGCUAUCACAAAGACUAUUGAAAUCUUAGAUGAACUGGUUGAGGAAGGUUCUGAGAAAAUGGAUGUUCGCAACAAAGAAGAAGUGGUUUGUAGAAUGAAAGCUGCUGUUGCCAGCAAGCAAUUCGGACAAGAAGAUAUCUUAUCCUCACUUGUCGCAGAUGCAUGCAUACAAGUAUGUCCCAAGAACCCAGCAAACUUUAAUGUGGAUAAUGUACGUGUUGCAAAGAUUGUGGGAGGGGGUUUGCAUAAUUGUACAGUAGUUCGAGGCAUGGUGUUGAAAACUGAUGCCGUGGGGAGUAUAAAGCGAAUGGAGAAGGCCAAGGUUGCUGUGUUUGUUAGUGGCGUUGAUACCUCUGCAACGGAGACCAAAGGAACUGUCCUAAUUCAUUCUGCUGACCAGCUAGAAAAUUAUGCAAAAACUGAAGAAGCUAAAGUUGAGGAACUCAUCAAAGCAGUUGCAGAUUCAGGUGCCAAAGUAAUUGUCAGUGGAGCAGCAGUAGGAGAGAUGGCACUGCAUUUUUGUGAGCGUUACAAGCUCAUGGUGCUGAAAAUCAGUUCAAAAUUUGAAUUGAGACGAUUUUGCCGCACAACUGGUGCCGUGGCCAUGUUGAAGCUUGGCCAGCCUAACCCAGAUGAUCUGGGGUAUGUUGACUCUGUCUCGGUGGAGGAAAUUGCUGGUGUUAGGGUCACUGUUGUGAAGAAUGAAGAAGGUGGCAACUCUGUAUCCACUGUGCUUCUACGAGGAAGUACUGACAGUAUAUUAGAUGACCUUGAAAGAGCAGUUGAUGAUGGAGUGAACACUUACAAGGCAAUGUGCAAGGAUAGCCGUAUUGUUCCUGGAGCUGCGGCAACUGAAAUUGAGUUAGCUAGGAGACUGAAGGAAUUCUCUUUUAAAGAAACAGGAUUGGAUCAGUAUGCUAUAGCAAAAUUUGGCGAAAGCUUUGAGAUGGUGCCUAAAACUCUCGCUGAGAAUGCUGGGCGUAAUGCAAUGGAGAUCAUAUCGUCCCUCUAUGCUGAGCAUGCGUCAGGAAAUACCAAAGUUGGCAUCGACUUGGAAGACGGUGUUUGCAGAGACGUGUCAGCUCUAAAUGUUUGGGACCUCCACAUAACUAAGUUUUUUGCUCUCAAAUAUGCUGCAGAUGCUGCCUGCACUGUUCUACGAGUAGAUCAAGUAAGUAACUAAUAACUAUUGAGUUUUCCAACUUUC